AUUGGCAUUACACCUUCUUCCCGUCGCCGUUAGUCGCAGCGGAUUCGCACUCACCUCACUAAACCCCUACUUUACAUUGGCGGCACACCCGCUUACACCAUCGUCUCUGCCCUGCUUUGCCCUGAUCUGCCCUACUUACUUCCUACUUUCCUAUACAUAAACUCUUCAAUUUGGCGCAUACUGUCGCCCCCCCUCCGCCAUAAUCUUUUUUACUUUUACCAUCUUUCUUUUCUUCUCUUUUCCUUCUUCAAUUAUUACGUACUUUAACUUUCAUCUUAUUACUUCUUUUUACAACCAACUCCGAAUGUCAUGGGAUCAAGUAGUCGAUAUGGCCUCCAUUAACUCGUUACCGGAUGAGAUCGUUCAUCAGAUCUUACUAUAUGUCCCUCCCCAACAAACCCUAACCAAGGUCGCAAGACUCUCCAAGCGCUUUCACCGCGUUACCCAAGAACCGCUUCUCUGGAGAUCCUACUGUCAACACAGUUUCCGAUACUGGGAUGUCGGCCAUUAUUUUGAAGUGAGACUCACGCGCAGAGUGCGCGAUACUGAUUGGAAAGGCCUCUUCCUUCUGCGACUUAAACGCAAUAUCCAUAUUGCACAACUAUUGGAAAACAUCAUAGGUUGCCGCGUCACUCGCUUGCGCAAGAUAGAACAGAUUUGCCAGUACGGAUACGACGCAAAGGAUUUCCUCUUGAGCCAGUGUCAAAUUCCUGAUACUUGUGGUGAUGUCUUGGCACGAAGAUAUUACGCAUGUUCCGUACUGGAUGGUGUACAUCGAAGUGCAGCGAUAGAAGAAUGGGCCAAGUAUCAGAAAUUCGCUGCGCAAUACGCCGACAAAGAUAUCACGAAUCGCGAGAAACUCAACUGCGGAAUGCGCAUUGAACGUGCCCUGGGAGCUUUCGACAUGUUUAUGCUACAUGACAAUGAAGGCGAUAUAAAUGAGAUAUCUGAAAUACUGGACGACCUUGCAUCACGAUUUCGCAGCACCAUUACGAGAAUUGACGAGAUGACGACUCGACAAAAGGCGCUUGCUUUAGCCGGAUGGCUUCAUUUCAACAACAUGACGGGCUUGAGCGACCCCACAGAGGAGACAUAUCGUUAUUUACGCAACUGCCUGAUUGGCAGGGCCAUUAGAGACGAGCACCACCCGUCGCUACCCAUUAUAUCUGCUUCCAUCUACUCGGCUAUAGCUUCGCGACUCGAUAUGGAGGCGUACCCUUGCGCUUUGCCCAGCCAUGUACAUUGUAUGGUCCUGUCACCACCCGGUGUGUCGCUAGAUGGCCAGCUCCUCCCGGAAGAGGAGUCGCAGUAUCAAGAGAACAUGUUCCUCGACCCCUAUGGAUCUGCCGAGGAGUUACCCCGACAUGAUAUAUACAACUUCCUUAGCAGACUCGGCUUCUAUUCAGGCCACGAGAAAUUGCUGACUCCUACAGCCACGGCACACAUCGUGUUGCGCACAGCGCAAAACAUACGAGCAUCUUUCAGCAGCUUUCGAGCGAACGCGGCCCCUCUCCAUCAGCUGGUUCCCAUGAUCGAGCUGAAUCGCGGCGACUGGGCCCGGAAUCUACGGCCAGCUAUGUACAGUCUAUUCUGGGCAAGGAUCAUGAUGGUCCCCGCGCUACCGGAGGACGAGGAGGGCCGGUGGGAUUGGCAGCAUGAUGUACGCGACAUGCUGUCCUACGCCGGGUCUUACUUCCCAGAGGACUUAUGGCUCAUUGAGAAAUAUGUCUGUCCCAUGUACGAGAAACUUGCGGCCACUAACGUCAACGACUUCACGUACAAGCGCCUUCAUAGGAAGAUUGGCGAUAUCAGAAGGGCUGAUAUGACUUGGAAGACACCACGUCGAAGACGCGAUCUUAAGGGGAUAACCGUUAAGUUCCGCAUCGGCCAAGUCUUUAAGCACAAACGCUAUGAUUAUUAUGGCCUCAUUAUAGGUUGGUCAGCCGGGGGCCUGCCGCUUCUAGAUGACGUCUCCUUGUCACCAGUUAAUAGGUCUUGGCCUACGCAAGAUCAGCAUUACUACCGUUGCAUGGUUGCUACUGACGGCUCCGAUACGCAUGUUAUCGCAGAGGAGAAUAUCGAAGUGCUAGAGCUUCGAGGUGGCAUUGAAGUGCUACCAACUCAGAUUAAGGACCUGCUUCCUAUGGCGGGCAGGUUCUUCAAACGCUGGGAUCCCGAAAACGGGGUGUUCGUGAGUAACUUGAGAGAGCUGUACCCCGAAGAUUGAGUGCCAGACACCAAACCUCUUCUAUAUCUCUGUUACAUAUAUCAAUAUCGUUGAUGCGCCGCUGGGCGCCGUGUCUACCACUUUUAUUCUUCAACUCUUUCUGCUCACGAUACGAUACUUUGUCUCUCCUAUACCCUGAUGUUCACACCACCUGUAUCUCCCCUCUUCCAUUAGGUAGCUUUAGGCUCAACCUAUCAUUUCCCCUUCCCCCUUUCAUGUAUUGUUUCUACCCUUUAUACCCAAUCACCAACCCUUUACCUAUUGUAGUACCCAACCUUUUUCAACAUUAAAUGAAAACUAACCUACAUACUUUACUUAAUCAUAUCGGUCUUUGCAUUAUUUCGGUUUAAUCCAUCUACCCAUCUAUCCAAUUGUUUUCAUUCAUCUACUUGCUCAUUCAUCUAUCCCAUUCCCAUUCCCAUUCCCCCGCACUCACCGUACGAUGUGAACUCGGUCAUAUGAUGAUGUUUUUAAGUCGUUUAUGGAUUUUACUUCAUUGCCUUCUCCCCCCUUUUCUUAUUGAUAACAAGAGAAAAAGUCAAAUGAAUUGAAUUGAAUUGAUGAUUGCCUACCUGGGUAACCUACCUACCUACCUACCUACCAAACCUACCUUCUUAGAAGCUAAUGCUAUGUACUUGCUGAUCGUCUGAUGACUUGAUAUAUGGAGUCAGGGAAUACGUAGCGUAA